AUGCAUGCGCUUGCGUUUACGCGCUCAUCACCGACGUUUUGGUGUCGUUUAUCUGGGACUUUUCCUCUUCGUGUUCGACUAUCUCGGAGUUAUGCUCGGGAUUGCUCCAAUUCACUCCCAUUUCCGAGCCAAAGGAAUCCCCAGCCUCAUGACAUUUUCCACCUCCCCAAGUCUGCGACGCAGAAAGAGAUAAAGCAAAGGUAUUAUGACCUCGUUCGCAUUUACCAUCCAGAUUCCAUCAUUGCUCGGCGAGACCCUCCUGAAGUCUCCCAAGAGCGGAUACAAGCGAUCAACAAGGCCUAUGACAUACUUCGUGGAAAGAAUGUGAAUGUUUCACUGGACGAGCCGGACACUACCGCCAUGGAACACAUGAUGGAUCCCGCUUGGCUGAGGGGCAGACUAUCAAGAAGACCCUACUUCGAUGAUGUCUCUGUAGAUGAUCGCUGGAAGGAAAGGUUUAUAAUGGUGUUCGCCGCGUUUGCUUUGGUUGGUUUUGUUGUACAGACGUCGUAUUAUCGUUUGCAAGUCAUCAAGGCCUCCCCUACCUGGCCUGCGAGGCAACACGCCAAAAAACAUCCGCAAUGCAAUGACGAAAUAUUAGCUGAAUCUGACUCUUUGGACGACAGGUCUUGUCCGUAG